AUGGUUGCACUUUCAGAUCUUUUUUGGCUUGUAACGUCAACAUAUAACUGGUGCUGCUCAUCCUCAGUAGACCAGAGUCAGAAUUCCUCAGUCGCCAGCUCUUCCGCAGCUACUAUCGCUGUACAAACCUGCCAACAGCUUCAACAGUCCUUGGGACCGACAAUUGUCCAAACUUCAACUUCAGGUUCUGACUAUAUCCUCGGUGCAAAUGGCGCUUGGAGUACAUUUAACACCGAAGUAAAUUAUCAGCCAACAUGCAUCGUCUUUGCGAAUGAGGCAGAGCACGUUCAAACUGCAAUGAAGACAAUCUAUCAGAACGAAGCUGAUUACGCAGUACAGGCUGGGGGACAUAGUGGAAUGACAGGAUGGAAUACAAUUCAGGACGGGGUACUUAUUUCUUUCAAGAAUAUGAACACUUCAUCCUACGACCCCGAUCAUGAUACGAUUACCAUGCUGCCCGGUGUUCGUUGGGGAGAAGUAAUAACUGAAAUGGAACCGUUCGGUGUUGCGCCCGUGGGGGGCCGUAUCAGCGAAGUCGGAACUGGCCUUCUUCUCGGUGGCGGCUUGAGUUUUCUCUCUUCCGCCGAAGGCUACGCCUCCGAUAACUAUGUAUCGCUCGAUAUCGUCCUUGUGGACGGUACGCUAGUAACGGCAACAGCUGACAACGAAUAUCAAGAUUUAUUCAAAGCGUUAAAAGGAGGAGCUAAUCGAUUUGGUAUCGUAACAAGGUAUGAAGUAAAGGCGGUCCAUACCGGAACAAAAGAAGAAAAACGUUGGUGGGGUGGACUUUUCGUGUAUCCGAACUCCUCUUCCGAAGCACUUCUCGGCGCAAUCGCACAUUACACUCAUGAUACAAAUGAUACAAAUGCAGUUAUGGUCACGGUGAUCAUGACUACCUGGCCCAACUUGGAGCCUAGCAUCUCAGUUCUACUGGUUUACAACGGUACCGAGACAUCUUUCAACAACGCCUUUGCCGAGUUUCUUUCUAUCCCCUACACAUCAUCAUCCCCUGGCUCGCUCUCAUUCUUGGAACUAUCCAAUGCCGUUCAUUUCCCAUCCGGCAUGGGUACCCUGUUCUCUGCUAGCAGCCUGGCGGGCACCCCAGCUAAUUCGGACGUGUCGGUGGAUGAUUAUUUGGAGCUCUAUCGACAGUAUAAUAACUUUAGUUCAGCAUUUGCUUCAUCGCCUGAUAUCGGUUUCACUCUUCUUGAUUUCUCGCCCGUGUUACAGUCGCAGAUACGGGCGGGUUACAAAAAGGGCGGUAAUCCCAUCAACCCGCCACUUGGAACGACGGGAUAUAGUAUAAUCUUAUUCCAGGUGACGUACCGUGAAGGCGUCACUCAGACUGCGGAAGACGUCGAGGACGGACGGCAAUUUUGGAUUGACAAUGCUCCUAGCACACCGGGUCUCCCACUGUUCCUCAGCGAGGCUGAUGCAGCGCAGCAAGUUUUUGCAACUUACGGAGAAUACGAUUUUCUCAAACAGGUAUAUGCUAAAUACGAUCCUACUGGUUUCAAUGUUCGACAUACAGAAGGUCCUUUAGGACUAGAAUCGGUUCUGGCUCCAUCCAUUUGUGAACCGCUCUCCAUAUUUAAUUACUCCCUCCCACUCCCGUUGUGUUUCUAG